AUGGACGAGCUCUUGAAGCCCAGUAUUCUCAAGCCAGAGGACAAGAGCACUGAGCCUUCCUCUCAAGAGCCAGAGCUUGAGUAUCUUCAACCUCUCACCUACAAACCCGCCUACCCCGGAUACAAUCCUCACUACCACGGCCCUCGUCUCAAGGGUUUUCCUCACCCUGACUGCAACGAGCCAGAUUGUCCUUACAAGACGCCCCCUGAGGAGACUUCAAAGCUUUCGAGCCCUCAGCCUGACGCGUACAGGCCUGUAGUUGCAAUCACUGAGCAUGUUCCUACUGUUGAACAGCGAGUCGUCGAUUGUGUCAAGUCUCUUGUCUACAAGCCUCUAUCAUCCGGAUACAAUCCUCAUUACCACGGCUCCCGUUCUGAUAUCCUUCCUCUUUCUGACUGCAAUGAUUCCAAUUGUCCUUGCCAAGAUUCCUUCCAGAACCCUCCUCAUCUCGAGUUUCUGAAGCCUGAAGUACACAAGCAUGAUUCCUUCGUCGCCAAGCACAUUUCACUGUCUCGGGGGCCAGAGCUCGACCAUCUCAAGCACUUUGCGGACCACACCUCCUACCUCGGACAGGACCCUCAGAAUUCUGGCCUUCAGCUCGAAUGGUGGCCUCACCCUGAUGAUGUCGAGUCGUCGUCGAUCACGAAGCACCACCCGGAGAUUGAUCAUUCUACUCUUGACGUGCAAGUGCCGGGCCCCCUAAGAAUUAAUCACAAUGAUGAGCAAGUACAGACCGGUUAUCUCGAUUUCUUUGCACACAAAACUUCUCAUGUCAGACAAAAUCUUCAGGAUCCUGGUGUUCAGCCUGAAUGGUGGCCUCACCGUAAUGAUGUCGAGUUGUCUUCAACUACAAAGCACGUUCCUGAAAAUGCAGGUUCCAACCAUGAAGUCCACAUUUCAAAGUCCCCAAGCGCCAAGAAUGCCUCCCAGGAACGAGAGCUCGAGCAUCUCUAUCCUGUUGGCGGCAGAACUUCCUACGUCGGAGACAACCAUUGGAUCAGCGGAUCCCAGCUCAGUGGAUAUCCUGAUGCUGAUUACGACGAACUCGAGCUCUUCAAUGCCAAACACGUCUCUCGAGCUCCCCCAGUGCUUGAGCGUCCCAAGUCCGAAAUGUGCCAACUGAUGCCUUUCACUCUUAAGCAAAUGAUCCAAGAGCCAGGAUACGGAAAUUCCAAGCGGGACAAACACAAGCACAUCUCUAUUACUGGGCAGGAACCGGAGCUUUGGUACCUCAGACCUGAUCUCUACGAGCCUAGAUCUCUCAGCACCCUUCACCAUUCUCGUGAUCCGAAGAUCGAUAUCGACAAGCUUGAACUUGAUCUCCACGAGCCUCCCGACUCUGGGUACAGUUCUACUUAUGGCGUUCCCAGACGUGAAAGGUACCACUACUUUGGUCACGAAGAGCCCGAGUCCCCCAGUGUCAAGGAUGGUCUGUACACACCGAGAGCUGAAAUAUUCGACCAUGUCACUUCCAAGUAUUGUGGGCAUCAAACUGUGCGCGAAAGAUACCCGGUCGAGUCCCAGGCUGUCUCCUUUGUGAGCGAGAGUUCCGGGCUCGGAGGAAACAGUUAUCACGACUACUCUGACAUGGCGCUUCGUAAUCCAUAUGCUAGUGAUGACAGUGACCAUUCCCCCGUGGGCUUAAAUUGCCGCAUUGUCCCCAGUUCCAAUCGAGUCGCUCGCCCACUGUCGAUCGCCCCGAAUGAGGAGGUCAUCAUUCUCCACGCCUUGAAUCUUGACCCCAUUGGGCCAGAGCCGGAUUCUGAACCAGCUUCGUCCGUCGCUCAGGCCGAUGAGGACGAAUGGCAGAAGUCGUUGGUCCCAGCGCGGCUCAACAUCCCGCACAAGCGAGACCUGUUCCACGUCCAGCUUUCUCGUCUGCAUGAGGAGGAUGGGGAGGUGGUCUCUGAAGUUGUAGGUUCUGCGGCCAAGGCAGACUUCACCCCGACCUCGGCGGACUCCUACGAGUCCACAGAGUGGGUAUCAGGGCUGGACACUCUCUCCAUCGAUCCGGCCGCGGCCUCCCCUUGUCAGUCCAGCUCAGAGUCACCUGAGCUUGAGGAUCGCGUGCUCAAGCGCAAGAUUCUUUGGGGAGAGAAGGGUUUGCUUGGAGGCCCCUCUCAAGAGGCUCGUCCCACGUCCCGGUUCAUGGCCGGAAUGAAGAAUAAGCUGAAGGCCCAGCUUGCGGAAUUUGUGGACGAAUCCAAGUUCGGGCUGAAGCGAAAGCCUUCAAACGCGGCCUCUCUUGCGGCGCCAGGAAGCUCACCUGCGUCACUCGUCACCUCGCUAGACUCCACCGUCCAGGCCAAGCUGUACGCCGAGCUCGAAGUCUUGAUUUGCAACACGGCAAACCAAUUCAUUCUCGAGCAGUACUAUGGCGGACGGAUCUCCCAGCACUCGAUCGACAAGGUCAAUGCGGCCUGGAACGCCAAGAAUCAGCACCACGUGAACGAAUUCCGCUUCGACCAAGCGACGCAGCGAGAACUCAUCGUCGCCAACCGUCGUCAAAUUGAGUUCACUGGUGAUUCGGCCUGCCGGCCCGCUUGUCUACAGACCAAUCUGCGCAACUGGAAAAGUCUUGCUCGAGAGAUGAGUGUUCGCACGUUUUGUCUUCCGGACUGUGCGAUUCGCAAACACCUCCACGACCUUCAGCAAAUCCUCAGUAUGAUGAAUCCGAAGCUGGAGGUUCUGCUGGAUUUCAGACGUCUGAGCUCAGAUAUCAAUAGCCAGAUGCUGGAUAAGGAGAUUGCCGCCCGUCGUCAGAGUGAGGCUCGCCAGAAGAGAGGAUUCUGA